AUCGAAGUCACGUUUGUGUAGAAAACUCAAUAAAAAAUUUCACAGCUUUGAAACAAGCUGCACAUAACUUACAGAUAUCUUUUAAAUAAGUUGUUCUAAUGGACAGUGCAUGUUCCAGCGAAAAAGAGCAAUCAACUGUGGAGCAAAGUGCGUGCAAAAGACCUCAAUUCGGCAAUCGGUUCCUGUCGGAGAAUGACGAUGUUUAUCAACACAAUGCUUGGGAUAACGUAGAAUGGGACGACGAACUGGAGAAAGCUGCCCUGGAUAGUGUGCUUAAAAACUCUUCUCAGAAACUGAAAGCAGAGGAUAUAAAGCAGCUGGAAACAGAAGCGAACGUCAACUGGGAUAAGUUUUAUGGUGUUCAUCAAAAUCGAUUCUUCAAAGAUCGUCACUGGCUUUUUACGGAGUUCCCAGAGUUGGCACCGUAUAAUACAAAAGAGGCUCCAGAACGAGUGAUACCAGAGGGCGUUGGAAAUGCUGGCAAAGAUAUAACGAACUGUAGUGCAGAGCCUGAUGCCAUGCGUACAAUUUUUGAAGUUGGUUGCGGAGUAGGAAAUACGGUGUUUCCCAUUUUGAAAUAUAGUGUGGAGAAAAAUUUAAAAAUCUACGCCAGUGAUUUCUCAAAACAAGCAAUACAAAUUUUAAAGGAAAGUAAAGAAUUUGAGCCUGACCGAUGCCACGUCUUUGUAUUGGAUGCUACUGCAGAUGAAUGGGAUGUUCCGUUCCCUGAAAAUAGUAUCGACAUCAUAGUACUGAUUUUCGUUCUUUCGGCAAUAGACCCGGACAGGAUGCAGCAUGUUGCCAAUCAAAUUGCGCGCUAUCUCAAACCGGGAGGGUUGGUCCUUCUGCGAGAUUACGGUCGGUACGAUCUGGCACAAUUGCGAUUCAAACCAGGAAAAUGUUUGAAGGAUAAUUUUUACGUGCGUGGCGAUGGAACAUUGGUAUACUUUUUCACACAGGAAAAUCUAAGAGCAUUGUUUCAGAAUGCCGGUUUAGUUGAAGAGCAAAACAUCAUUGACCGUCGCUUGCAGGUUAAUCGCGGCAAAAUGAUUAAAAUGUAUCGGAUCUGGGUGCAAGUGAAGUUUAGAAAACCAAGCUGAAUGCUAUCUACUUAUUUCGCAGGUCAUGUAUUUAUAGAUUCUUAAGCCUAUCACAUCUAAUUACAAUUAGUUGCAUUUGAUAAAAUUUUCUACGCCCUCUAGACGAAUACAAUGUUUGUCUGAUGAUCUUCGUAACAUCA